AUGUUGGAUGUGUUGGAGGGUUUUAAGCUGUUUUUGAAGAUAGACCUUCGAAGUGGCUACCAUCAUAUUGGCAUCAAGCCGAGUAAUGAGUGGAAAACAGCGUUAAAAAACAAAGAUGACUUGUACAAGUGGCUAUUGAACCAAGGAAGAACAUUUGGAGCAUUUGAAAUAGUUCCUUCGCGUUUUGGUGGAAAACGAACUUUUCAUGAACCUGAAGAAGUCACCAUUACCGCACCCAUCAUUAGGUGUUUGAAGCAGGGAAAAUUUCAGUGGGCUGAUGAGCAAGAGAAGAAUUUCGCACUUAUUAAGCACAAAUCACUAGACCUUGGAGUUCCUCAACAGUCAGAAAUUCGUGAGCAAGAUGCAUAUAGGUGGAGUACCUUCAUGCAGAAAUUCCCUUUUGUGAUCAAACAUAAAUCAGCCACCCUUAACUGUGUGGCAGAUGCCUUGAGUGGAAGAGCGAACAUGCUAGUUGCCAUGGCUCAAGAGGUUGUGGGAUUUUAG